AUGGAGGAAAGUGCAGGGGGCGUCGAAGACGAAAAUAUUUUUGCUUUCGGAACCCAGGUACAGGCAGGACUCGAUGAUUUUAAACACGAAAUUCAAGUUGUCGAUUUCUGGAAGGACAAAUUGAACGGUUAUGCACAUCAAGAGAAAAGUACGGUGGAACCGAAGAAGGAUAAGGUGAGUAAGCCUAUAUGUGUGAAAAAAAUACGACGUCCAAAAAACAGCAAUAAAAAACAGCAUAAUGGUAUCAAAGAUAAGAAUGCGAACCGACAGCGAAAGUUUGGAUCUAUCAACAAAGAAAUUAUAAGGAAGUAUAAGGCGUUACAGAUGUCACAUGGUGUAGAUGUGCAGGCAUACAACAAUUUUGCCGACGAAGAAAUGAAAAUGUUGAUUGGCAAAGAAGACUGGGAUAGUAUCCAUGGGCUUUUGAUGGAAUGUUUAAAAAAUGAUGAGACUGAUAAUAUAGUGAAGUCCGACAAGGAAAAAAUUGUUACUGAGUACACUGAUUUCAGGCAAUUACAGGAGAGUAAUAGCACUGCUUUUGCAGCUGCUGGUGCUGCUCGGGAGGUGAGUGCUGAUGUUACGGGUGUCAAUGGUAGAGGUACAGCUGAUGCAAAACUCACGCAAUACAGCUGGUCUUAUCCUGUGGAUUUCACCCCCGACGAUUUGGGUGCGCUGUAUGACAUCACAAUGUCAGGAAUUGAUUUGUUUAAUAGAGAUGGAAAUAAGACCAGUGAAGAAGCGGUGGAAAAAGAUUCUACCAGUUUAGUUGAGGAGUUGAAUAACACGGCAAACCAAACAUCAGGGGUGUUUACUCUUUCGCAAGUUUUAGGAGAGAAUACACAGCGUAGCUUGGAUGUCAGCCAGCGAGAGAAAGCAAAGGCCGAGGAACAAAUUCAAGAACUCGAUUGCGUUAUUGUUGAAGACAGUUGUGACAGCGACGGUGCAGAAGAUGAAAUCACAUUUGAUUAUAUUGAGAAAAUAAGAGAAGAAAAGGUUGAGAGUGGAACACAGCAACUACCCAUAGAACUUGACAGCUCGAACAUUAUUGAAAUUCCAAACUCAUCAGAUGACGGUGGGUAUGACCACGGAGAUUUCCUUGAUGAUAUUGGAAGUUAUAACCUGAGGAACACUGAAGGUGAUAUAAUUGAGAUUGCGAAUUCUUCUACGUGUGGGGAGAGUGACAGUGACAUUCUUUUGACAGGGUGUCCAGAGAGCGGAACCCAACCAUUGAUGGAUUUGAACAAUCUGCAGCGAGAAUCUGAGUUGAUCACUGAUGAUGCAGUAGGUAGCUACGAGAGAAUGAUUGUACCAACCAGCUCGCCAGCGAGCUCUGCUGCUGGGUCGCAAGAAAUAAACGUCAACGAAGACAACGUAUUAACUCGGUCUGUUACUGAGAUUAUCGGCAGAGAAAGUGAGAGCUUGGUGGACAAUUGUGCAGCCGCACUUGCUGAAGUUCCCGGCGAGCUUGUCACCGAGGAAGAAAGGGUUUCUCUCGACACCGGCGUGGACAUUGCAAAGCGCAUGAAGCAUUUCGAAGGAUGGAACGUUGUGAUGUUGAAGAAACAGUUGAGUGAAUGGGGGGUCAAGAAUGCGUCCAAGAUGGGGAAGAAGAAGCUCGAGGAGGCGUUGGCCAAUAUAUGCAAGAAUGUCACUAGGGAUAAGUGGGAUUGGGCGAUAGAUAAAUCUCAAACCGGAGAAAUUCUGAAGUUUGCUGAAUGGGAAAGCGAGCAUCCAGAGGACGUGGAAGGUGCUGCAGGAACCGAGGCGGUGAUAGAGAAAGCUGUCAUGGGGCAGAUCAAAGCGCUUUUGAAGGCGGACGCGGGGCUGUACUACGACGUUCUACGAUACAAGCCUCUCAACGUGCACAUGCUUUUGGGGAAGCUUGCGGAGACCAGUGACCGCAAGGUGGUCUGCGACUGCUUGGAUCGACUGGGGGUGUGCUGGACAGAAGUUGGCUAG